AUGUGCUGUGUUGCGCUGUCCCCGCCCACUGUGACACGUAUCGGUCGCCGGCGGCUAAGCUGCUCCGUCUUCCUUGACCCCUCUCUCCCCUCUCCUGUCGCUUCAUCCUUGACGCCACGCCACCGCUCUCCUCCCACCCCCUUCUAUAUCAAUCGCCGCUCCCCCGGCGGCAGACACAGCGGAGCGCAUCUCGACGGCGGCCAUGGCGACGAACGGGAGGACCGUCGCGUCCGUCGACCCCGACGUCGCGCUCGCCUACAAGUUCCCCGAGGUCUCCUUCGCCUACGACGAGAGGGACGUGGCGCUCUACGCGCUCGGCGUGGGGGCCUGCGGCGCGGACGCCGUCGACGACAAGGAGCUCCACCUCGUGCACCACAGGGACGGCCAGCGCCACAUCAAGGCGCUUCCUACCUUUGCGUCUUUAUUUCCUAACAAGAACAGCAAUGGGCGUGGAAUUGUUAAUGUGCCUGGCAUUCACUUCGAUGCAAGCCUUCUAUUGCACGGUCAACAAUACAUAGAGAUCUACAAGCCAAUUCCUUCAUGUGCCAGUGUUGUAAACAAGGUUAAGGUAGCUGGUUUGCACGACAAAGGGAAAGCAACUAUUCUCGAGAUCGAAACGACCACCAGUCUCAAAGAUUCUGGCGAAGUGUUAUGUAUGAACAGGAGUACUAUUUUCUUGCGUGGCGCUGGGGGUUUUUCGGACUCUUCCCGGCCGUACUCGUAUACGACUUAUCCUGCCAACCAGAUUUCUCGCAUUUCUAUUCCAAAUUCCGCACCUUCUGCAGUGUAUGAAGACCAGACACAACAAUCCCAGGCACUCUUAUACAGGUUAUCUGGGGAUUAUAAUCCUUUGCAUUCAGACCCUAUGGUUGCACAGGUUGCAGGGUUCACCCGUCCAAUACUGCACGGCCUCUGCACUCUGGGGUUCGCGGCCCGGGCGGUCAUCAAGUCGUUCUGCAACGGGGAUCCAGCGGCGGUGCGGAACAUCUUCGGCCGGUUCCUGCUGCACGUCUACCCCGGCGAGACGCUGGUCACCGAGAUGUGGGUCGACGGCCAGAGGGUGCAGUACCAGACCAAGGCGAAGGAGCGUGACCGCGCCGUGCUUUCCGGAUACGUGCUGCUCAAACACAUCCCCUCAUCAUUGUGUGGCAGGUCAUCAGGUGCUGAUAAUGGAGGAGGCCGGCUGUAGGAGCCUUCCGGCCAAGGACGAAGAAGAGGAAGAAGAAGAAGAAACAGUCUCGGGGCAAUUGACGGCCGGAGAGGAUGCACAGCCAGAGACAGAGUGACGGCGGUGGAGCAGACCGGCCGGCACGUUUCUGUAUCAUAGUAUAUCACACUUUGUGACCCGUUCAGUCUAAAUAAAAUCAAUUUUGCAUGUGCACCUGCUCAUGCAUCGACACCAGCAACUAA